GGAUCUCGACCCUGCGCGCAGGCCAAGGAGGGGGCCGGGCCCGGAGCCCCCCCGCCCCCCGCCGCGCCCGAGCCCCCGCGCCCCGCGCCGGCGCCGUCUUCCUGCCUCCUCCUUCUCCAGAAAAAGUCGCCAUUUUGGUUCACUGCCUUCGCCCCCCCACCCCGCGCCCGCGAUCGGCCCUGCCCGGCCAGGCCGAGGCCCGCGCCCCGCGCCCGCUCCCGGCCCCAGGUGACAGACAUGACGGAUCCUUUCUGCGUUGGAGGCCGUCGGCUCCCGGGGUCCAGCAAGAGUGGUCCCGGGAAGGAUGGCAGCCGAAAAGAGGUCCGACUUCCAAUGCUGCAUGACCCACCGAAGAUGGGGAUGCCGGUGGUCCGUGGUGGACAGACAGUGCCCGGCCAAGCCCCUCUCUGCUUUGACCCAGGAAGUCCAGCCAGCGACAAGACAGAAGGGAAGAAAAAGGGGCGGCCAAAAGCCGAGAACCAGGCUCUCCGAGACAUUCCUCUCUCCCUGAUGAAUGACUGGAAGGAUGAGUUCAAGGCACACUCGAGGGUGAAGUGUCCAAACUCAGGGUGCUGGCUGGAGUUCCCCAGCAUCUACGGGCUCAAGUACCAUUACCAGCGGUGCCAAGGGGGUGCCAUCUCAGAUCGGCUGGCCUUCCCCUGCCCCUUCUGCGAGGCCGCAUUUACCUCUAAGACCCAGCUGGAGAAACACCGGAUUUGGAACCACAUGGACCGACCCCUGCCUGCCUCCAAACCUGGGCCCAUCAGCAGGCCGGUCACCAUCAGCCGGCCUGUUGGGGUCAGCAAGCCCAUCGGAGUGAGCAAACCUGUCACUAUUGGCAAACCUGUGGGUGUCAGCAAACCCAUUGGCAUCAGCAAGCCAGUCUCGGUCGGCAGACCCAUGCCAGUCACCAAGGCCAUCCCGGUCACUAGGCCCGUGCCGGUCACCAAACCUGUCACAGUCAGCAGGCCCAUGCCCGUUACCAAGGCCAUGCCGGUCACCAAACCCAUCACAGUCACCAAGUCUGUGCCGGUCACCAAACCCGUACCUGUCACCAAACCCAUUACGGUCACAAAGCUUGUGACAGUUACAAAACCCGUGCCGGUCACCAAGCCAGUGACAGUCAGCAGGCCCAUUGUGGUCAGCAAGCCGGUGACAGUCAGCAGGCCCAUUGCCAUCAGCAGACACACACCGCCCUGCAAAAUGGUGCUGCUGACCAGGUCGGAGAACAAAGCACCUCGUGCCACAGGGAGGAACAGUGGUAAGAAAAGGGCUGCGGACAGCCUGGACACCUGCCCAAUUCCACCCAAGCAGGCCAGGCCAGAGAAUGGGGAGUACGGCCCCUCCUCCAUGGGCCAGAGCUCGGCCUUCCAGCUGAGUGCAGACGCCAGCAGUGGCUCCUUGUCGCCAGGCAGCAGGCCGUCGGGGGGCAUGGAGGCACUGAGGGCUGCAGGCCCUGCGUCCCCGCCUGAGGAGGACCCGGAGCGCACAAAGCACAGAAGGAAACAGAAAACACCCAAGAAGUUUACAGGGGAGCAGCCAUCCAUCUCAGGGACCUUUGGGCUCAAAGGCCUUGUCAAAGCUGAGGACAAGGCCCGAGUUCACCGCUCCAAGAAGCAGGAGGGGCCAGGCCCUGAGGACGCCCGGAAGAAGGUACCAGCUGCCCCCAUCACUGUCAGCAAGGAGGCACCGGCCCCCGUGGCCCACCCAGCUCCAGGUGGCCCUGAAGAGCAGUGGCAGAAGGCCAUCCACGAGCGCGGGGAAGCCGUCUGCCCCACCUGCAACGUGGUCACCCGGAAGACGCUCGUGGGGCUCAAGAAGCACAUGGAGGUGUGUCAGAAGCUUCAGGAUGCACUCAAGUGCCAGCACUGCCGGAAGCAGUUCAAGUCCAAAGCCGGCCUCAACUACCACACUAUGGCCGAGCACAGUGCCAAGCCCUCUGACGCCGAGGCCUCCGAGGGGGGCGAGCAGGAGGAGCGCGAGCGGCUGCGCAAGGUGCUGAAGCAGAUGGGACGGCUGCGCUGCCCCCAGGAGGGUUGCGGGGCUGCCUUCUCCAGCCUCAUGGGCUACCAGUACCACCAGCGGCGCUGCGGGAAGCCGCCCUGCGAGGUGGACAGCCCCUCCUUCCCCUGCACCCACUGUGGCAAGACAUACCGAUCCAAGGCCGGCCACGACUACCACGUGCGCUCGGAGCACACGGCCCCUCCUCCAUGCCUUCCCGCCCUCCAGCCCCCUGAGGAGCCCACAGACAAGUCCCCUGAGGCUGAGGACCCGCUGGGUGUGGAGCGGACCCCAAGCGGGCGUGUCCGCCGCACGUCGGCCCAGGUGGCGGUGUUCCACCUGCAAGAGAUAGCGGAGGACGAGCUGGCCCGCGACUGGACCAAGCGGCGCAUGAAGGACGACCUUGUGCCCGAGACCGCACGGCUCAACUACACUCGGCCAGGGCUCCCCACGCUGAACCCCCAGCUGCUAGAGGCAUGGAAGAAUGAAGUGAAGGAGAAAGGCCACGUCAACUGUCCCAACAACUGCUGUGAAGCCAUCUACUCCAGCGUGUCUGGACUGAAGGCUCAUCUCGCCAGCUGCAGCAAGGGGGCCCACCUGGCUGGGAAGUACCGCUGCCUGCUGUGUCCGAAGGAGUUCAGCUCUGAGAGUGGCGUCAAAUACCACAUCCUCAAGACCCACGCAGAGAACUGGUUCCGAACAUCAGCAGACCCACCUCCCAAACACAGGAGCCAGGACUCAUUGGUGCCCAAGAAGGAAAAGAAGAAAAAUCUGGCAGGUGGAAAGAAGCGGGGCCGAAAGCCCAAGGAGCGGACCCCAGAGGAACCUGUGGCCAAGCUGCCCCCGCGCCGGGACGACUGGCCUCCAGGAUGCAGAGACAAGGGGGCCCGGGGCUCCACCGGCCGGAAGGUGGGAGCCAGCAAGGCGCCUGAAAAGUGAGCUUGGUAGGUGGGGCCUGGCCCCCAUGCAGCCACCACACCGCCCUCUGUUCAAGGCAGGGCCAGCUCCGGGACCCCUGUCCUCCAGUUCUCCAUCCCCCACCCCCGCCUCUUCAUCCGUCCAGUGGGGCAGCCAGCCACUCUCCCUUCCCUGAAGGUGGCCCUUCCCCUGUUAAGGCUGCCACAGGGCACACCUGGGUUGGGGCUCCCCAAGGUGUGCCCAGCAGAAGUGCAAUAGCCAGGAGGGUUGCCCCUCCUCAUGGGAACGUGUCUGGGGUCUUGGUGCCACAGGGGCUGCAGUGCAGAGUAGGCAGAUGGCCUUUGGCCCCCCGGCUCUACUUCCUCAGGCCCUGCCGGGUCCCUAUCCUGGCUCCCCCAAGGCUCAGGCAUCCCUGGUGACCUGUGGUUCUGGGCUGGUGAGGGCACCUGAGCAACCUGGCACUGGCAGCCACCACCCUGGCCUCACCUCUACCCAACACUGGAACUCCAGCACCCCCAGCUACCUCCCAGGACAGACCCCCGUCUGACCACUGCCAUGCUGACCUGACAGGCUCCGGCCUGCCCUUGGCCACCCACUUGGUCCCUUGCUUCUGUUUUCUACCUCUCCAGGCCUGCCCACUACCCCCACCCCUGCCUCUCCUCUGUCAGUGCGAUCCCUGCUGUGCUCAGACCCUGCCCCCCAGGCCUGUCUGUAAUGCUCCCAGCUUGGGGUAAGGGGGGGGUUUGCUUCUUGUACCUACAGGGCAGCAGAAGCUUGAUGCCCUUCAACACAGCUGCCAGCCCUGGGGGUGUGGGGCCCCUGGAGUGUGCUCUCCUCCAGUGUUCAGCCUUCUGGCACUGCAGGCCUAGGUUGAAGCAGCCUCAUGGAGUAGGGACGGACUAGUUCGGGCCCUGGGGUCUUGCUGGGGCCCAUGGGCAUGUGGGGCAGGAAGCUGGGCAGAGCUGGCCUGGCUCUGAGUGGCCACUGGGGGAAAGGCAGCCUUCUGUCUGCCAAUCUGGGUAGGCCCAGUGGCCAAGCUCUCAUGGGAGCCCCCUCCCCACUUUUUUUUUUUUUUAACCUGCCCCCAUUGUUUCUGGUUGUGUGGUCAUUUGAUAUGGGAACUGAAGGCCAGCCAGGGGAGGGGCUUGGCCAAAGUCACAGCAGGUUGAUGGCAGCUCCAGAGCUGUCUUUGCCCCUUUGUGGCCCGGAGGACAGCUGGGUCUAUAGGUAGGGCAGGGGUCAGGCAGGGAGUCCAGGGUGCCUGGAAGGGGUGGCCACAGCCUGUGGCUCCCUCCCUGGGUCCUGCCUUCCAACCACGGCAUUGCAGGGAGGAUGAGGCUCAGAGGGGGUAGGUUUGGAGGGAGGCCAUUUUCCAGGGUGGGUGGGAGUGGGCUGAGGGCUCGUCCCCACUGACCCUGGACGAUGAGAAUUUUGAUGUUUGCCCAUGUGCGUGUGUCUCCUGGGUGUAGUGGAUGCCAGUCUUGUUGCUGUGACAAGUAACAACCUUUUUUUUAAAUUGUUUUUUAUACAAACACUCACAAUCUGACAUUUGGUGCUAAGGGUUUCCUGGUGCAGACGGUGGGCCUGGGGGUUGGGCUGGGCCAGGGCGUGGGUCUCUGGGGUUUGGGUCCCUUGCUGCUCAGGGAGGCAGUACUGACUGGGUACUGCCUCUGCCCCCAGCACCCACCCUCCCCCAUUCCCCAGGGAGAAGGGGCCCCACUGGGCUUGGCCUGCAGUAGUAGGGAGACAAGUUCCAGGAGCGCUUUGGGGACUGGGGUUGCAGUACACUUCCUGUCUCUGGCUUUAUCCUUGGGCCCGAAGGCUCCGACCCUCAGCAGCCCUUGCCAGAUGUGCUAGGAAGUGGGUGUGGAGAUCUGGACUCCCCCCACCCACGCACACCUCAGCCUCAUGAGAGGAUGGAGGCUUGGGCAGAGAUGGGCGUGACCCAGCGUCAGAGGGUCAGGGGAGGCUUUCCUUCCUGUGUCCCAGAGCUUCACUGGUGCAGCUGGUGGAGCUGGAGGUGGAGGGUGGGGUCUGGCAGCUGCUGCUGGGACAGCCUCAUGAGGGGAGGGGAGGGGAGCAGGCACUGGGCGGGGGCCUAGGUGCACUUUGUCCUUGCCACCAAUGGCGGGAGGAGGGUGGACCUGAACACCUGCAGGGUGUGGUGCCUGCCCCAGCCUCUCAGGUACUUGGCCCUUGGGGAGAAGAGAAGAGGGUCUGGUUUUUGCUGGGGGUGAGUUUCCGGGACACUCCCAAAGCCCACAGAUAAUCCCUGGUGUGGGAAGAGGAGUCCUGGAUACCUUGAUAUUUAGCACUUUAACCCCCUUUGUCUUUAAGGUAGGCGUGGGGGCUACUGCCAGAAGUGGCUGUUGGGUCUGACCCCCUCCUUUCUGCCCUCCCUCUCCCACAUGCUGGUCCACAGAGCCCUCCUCCCAAGGGGUAGGGCCCUGGGUGGAGCUCAGCAGGGUCUGCCCACUCCCUACGCUGGCCCACAUGGGCCUCCAGGAGCCCUCAGUGAGAGGGACCAGCAUAGCUGACCCCCAGAGUGUGGUGGGCGCCAGCCCUGCCCGAGGCCCAGUCGGGGCCCUUUCUGCAGAUCUACCUCUGGCUCAGCGCACGCCCCCUGCCCUGAGAACAAGAAAGGGCCCGGAAGGGCUGACUCACCGGGCCGACACUCACACGAAAAUGGGAUGCACUUUAUUUGCUGGUGCAAAGGCAGGCGAGGGUGCCUCCUGUGUGACCGUUGGCUCUCCUGCCUGGUGGCGCUGAAGGGAAGGAGCCAGUGAGCCUGACCCUGGGAGGGGUCAUCCCCGUGUGCCCUGUUUGGCGGGGCCCCAGGCGGCUCUCCCAGGCCCGGGUCUGGGGCCCCAGGCUUUCCCCUGCCUCACGGCCCGGCGUCCUGUGCUUUGGGUUUCUUGGUUUGGGUUUUUUAAUGCCAGUUAUCAGUACAUAAGUGCAUUUUGAAAGAGGUUCCAGCUAUCACUUGUAACCAUAUAUAUAUACAUAUAUAUUCUAUCUACAAAGUGUUUAUUUGCGAGAUGUUUCGACGGUGAGUUCGGGCCCCGCCCGCCUUGUGACCAUCUGUCCCCGGUCCUCGUCCCCGCCCCGCGCCCUGGUCCCGAGUGGCGUGGGGACGGGCCAUCACUGUAUGUAUUAAAAUGACUGUAUCAAAUAAAUGUUUAUUGAUUUUUUUCCA